UUUUAUGUAAUGUUGAAUUUAUUUGCACAGAUUUCUAUGUAGGUAAUAUUAUUGUGCAGAAGCCUACGCGUUUAUGUUGCCUCUGCAUAAGUGCGUUCGUCCAUUUUUUCAAUCGUAUUUAUGUAAAAAUUUACUUAUUGUUCAGUUUGCUCGAAAAAACUUUUUUCUUUAUUACAUUCAUAAAACAUAUUGGUUAUUUAAUACAUAAGUGUUAUGAAUAAAAGGAAACGUUCGACUAACUUCAGUAACACUGAAAAAGAACUUUUAUUAAAAAUUGUGCUUCCCAGGCUAACAGUGUUGGAAAAUAAAACGUCCAAUGCUGUUACCUGGAAACACAAAGAGAAUGCUUGGAAAGAAAUUACCGACCAAUUUAAUAGUCAGACACUGGAAUCUCCAAGAAGUACAAUAUGUUUGAAUCAAAAAUAUGAUAACAUAAAAAAAAAAAUAAGAAUUACUAAAACUCAACUUAUAAAUACUGGUGAUUCUCAACAUUACAAACAUUUAACAGAACUUGAAUUGGAACUAUUAUAUGCCAUCCAAGUGCCUAAUGAAGAAAUUAAAAUUGAUUUCAGUACUAAUACUAAACUUGAUUCGGAACUAUUUAAUGCCAUCAAAGUACCUGAUAAAGAAAUUAAAUUUGAUUCCAGUGCUGAUAUUAGUAAGUAA